CUUCCAACAUGUUUUUUACCACCCCUUCAGUUCUCCGCUGCCUUCGACGCCAUAUUGACGAAAAACACCCUUUCUCCUAAACGUCCGAAACACUCUCUCUGUCAGGAUGCUGUACCUAGAAGACUACCUCGAGAUGAUCGAGCAGCUACCCAUGGAUCUCCGCGACAGGUUUACGGAAAUGAGAGAGAUGGACCUGCAAGUGCAGAAUGCUAUGGACCAGCUAGAGCAGCGGGUUAAUGAGUUCUUUACUAAUGCAAAGAAGAACAAACCUGAAUGGAGAGAAGAACAGAUGGAAGUCAUUAAAAAGGACUACUAUAAAGCUUUAGAAGAUGCAGAUGAAAAAGUCCAGUUAGCCAAUCAAAUUUAUGAUCUGGUUGAUCGGUAUUUGAGGAAGUUGGAUCAGGAGUUGGCGAAGUUCAAAAUGGAGUUGGAGGCAGAUAACGCUGGCAUCACGGAGAUCCUGGAGAGACGAUCGCUUGAGAUGGACAGCCCCUCCCAACCUGUCAAUAACCACCACGUCCACUCACACGCCACCGUUGAGAAGAGGAAGUACAGCACACCAUCCCACCACACUACUGAACAUGUACCAGAAAAGAAGUUCAAAUCCGAGGCCCUGCUCUCCACACUAACGUCAGACGCCUCUAAAGAAAACACACCAGGCUGCAGAGUGAACAGCAUGUCCUCCACUAACAGCGUUUAUAACUCCUCCCAGUCGCUUUCCUCGUACAAUCUCAGCCCACUUCCUGCCGGGCCCGCCGCUGGGGCGGGGGCUAUUUCCAUGGCAGCGGCCCAGGCAGUGCAAGCCACCGCACAGAUGAAAGACGGCAGGAGAACGUCGAGUCUGAAGGCCAGUUAUGAAGCUGUGAAGAACAGUGACUUCUUGAGUCGGGAGUUUGCUUUGAGUCGGGAGUCCAGCACUUACCCGGCUUCUGCGCUGGCCAACACGCUCGCACAACCCCUCACAUCUAGCAACAGCUCAGACUCCCGCACAGGACGCAAGACCAAAGGCAACACCAAGUCUUCCAACCACCAAUCCUCUUCAUCCUCCUCUUCCUCUUCUCUGUCAUCCUGCUCAUCAUCCUCAGCUCUGGCUCAUGAGCUCGUACAGACCACAGUGACGGAGACCGACACCAGCAGUCAGUUGGACUGGACGUAUGACCCCAAUGAACCCCGAUACUGCAUCUGCAAUCAGGUGUCGUAUGGUGAGAUGGUCGGCUGCGAUAACCAAGAUUGUCCGAUCGAAUGGUUCCACUACGGCUGCGUGGGUUUGACCGAGGCACCUAAAGGAAAGUGGUACUGCCCACAGUGCACAGCGGCUAUGAAGAGGAGAGGAAGACGACACAAAUAAAUCUCGAGAUGAUCGUCUGCAUCACUCGGCCCAACCAACAAAUGACCACCCCAUGAGACUCGCCCGCAAGAGGUUCACUGAGUGUGUACGUGUUACAUCGCCAUGCAAUCAGGGUGUGUGUGUGUGAUGUUUUUCUUGCAAGAUGUGUGUGUAUUUGCGUAAAUCACCUCCAGUUUGGGAGUUUUACUCGGUGAAUGUGUAAUUCCCAAGCGCACACUGCCCUCCAAACCUUUCUUGUUUUUAUGUCUUUAUCUCCAUUUAUCAUUAUGGAGGCGUGCAAGAUGUUUUUUGGGAGGCCUGUGUAUUUUAACAUUCAUGACAUUCCUCGGCUUGCCAUACGUGAUGAUCCUUCGCAUCUGGCGUCUCCUGCUAAUCCAUACAGCCAGAGUAUGGAUUGACACGAUGCAGACUGGGAGUCGUAGUUCUGGACUGUGUGAUGGACUACAAACAGGCAGUUUAAUUGGAGAUCUGACAAAUCUUAAAAGGAUCCUGAUAUAAACAGAUGGUGACUGUAACAGUGAUUAACAGUGAAAACGUUCAUUUCACUGGAGUAUUUGUGUGUAAUGGAUAGAUGAUGUAUUAUGCUCCGCUUUAAGUACAGAAUGUUUGUUAUUUUAGCGAGGAGCUCUUAAAAAUGUACAAUAGAAGAAAUGAACAACUGCGACCUGUGUGUAUGUGUGUGAGUAUGUGUCUAGCCUGUACUGCACUGAUUUGGUGAUAUAAAGUUGUGAGAGAUGGAAAAAAAACAAUAAAAUGAUCAAGGUUUUUUGGUACAUAUUUUGUCAAA